GAUAGCCUCUUUCCCUGCUGGCACCAUGGAGGGAGCAGAAGAGAAGAAAAAGAAGGUUCCUGCUGUGCCAGAAACCCUUAGGAAAAAGCGAAAGAAUUUCGCAGAGCUUAAGAUCAAGUGCCUGCUAAGGAAGUUUGCCUAAAAGAUGCUAAGAAUGGCAAGGAGGAAGCUUAUCUAUGAAAAAGCUAAGCACCACAAUGAGCACAGGCAGACUUACAGAACUGAAAUUCGAAUGGCUAGGAUGACACGAAAAGCCGGCAACUUCUAUGUACCCAUGAAACCCAAAUUGGCAUUUGUCAUCAGGAUCAGAGGUAUCAACGUUGUGAGCCUGAAGGUUCAAAAGGUGCUGCAGCUCCUUCGCCUCCAGCAGAUCUUCAAUGGCACCUUUGUGAAGCUCAACAAGGCUUCAAUUAACAUGCUGAGAAUUGUGGAGCCAUACAUUUACUGGAGUGGGGUGCCAUUGCCUUCUCCGUAUCCAAAUCUGAAGUUCGUAAAUGAAUUGAUCUACAAGCGUGGUUAUGGCAAAAUCAACAAGAAGCGAAUUGCCCUGACAGACAACGCAUUGAUUGCUCGAUCUCUUGGGAUAUGCAUGGAGGAUCUGAUUCAUGAUAUCUAUACCAUUGGAAAACGUUUCAAAGGCAACUUCCUUUGGCCCUUUAAAUUGUCUUCUCUGCGAAGUGGAAUGAAGAAAAAGACCACCCGUUUUGUAGAAGGUGGAGAUGCUGGCAACAGGGAAGACCAGAUCAACAGGCUUAUUAGAAGGAUGAACUAAGGUAUCUAGCAGGAUUAUUUUUGUAAUCUGGUUAAUAAACAGUUGAAACAAAAACAAACAAACAAAAGUAAAGGAUAUGCCUACAGAAUAAGUACCUUUAAAGAUUUUCACUAAAAUAUAAAAAGUGCUCAUUUUUAGGUGGUAAGACAUUGACUCUUCACUCUUCUUUUUUAUCUUGGGUAGAGAGUUUUAAAAAUUAUUUUUAACAUUUUGCUGUUAUUUUAUCGCUGCUGUGAUUGUUGUUAUUAUUUUAUAAAGAUAGAGUCCAGGUGGUCCCUGCAGCACCGUAAACCAUGAGCAACCUGGCGCGCCCCCUAGUGCCGCGCAGGGGCUUCUGGAGGUUGUAGUCCACAGGCUACCUCGCGCAUGCGCCAUGGGCCGGGACGGAUGCUGUGGGCCACAUUGUUUGGGGCGCUCAGUUCUGGUUUCUCUGGCUUCUGCUCUCUCUAAGAGGAAGACAGUAUGAUUAAGCUCCAGGAAACCUUGACCUUCAACGAUGUGGCCAUGGUCUUCUCCAAGGAAGAGCUGGCACUCUUGGACUCUGCCCAGAUAAACCUGUACCAAGAUGUGAUGCUGGAGAACCUCAGGAACCUGGUCUCCGUGGAGCAAACAACUGAGGCGCAGCGUGGACGAGUAACUUGCCCAGGAUCACCCCGCUUGUCAGAGGAACUAGGAUUUGAACCUCCCAGUCUGACCCUCAGCCCUGUGCUUGUAAUAACCAGGUGACAUGAAGUACUGCCAUGUCCAUAGAUUGUAAACAGAGAUCCUUGGCCUCAAUGUGCGGGACUGACCCCAUUGGUGAGUCCUGAAACCAAGUGACCAUGCCAUAGCUAGCAGUUUUUAAAAAGCAAAACAAAUCCAUGGACUAGAACAUGAAAGGAUUUAUCAGAGUACGUUGCACCUGGUAAGGUAAGCCUCAACUGAUGACAGUAUUUUAGUUUCUGGUCUGUGUGUCUGUGUAGGUACUGGGUCACAGUGUAAAUGCUUUUCUUGCUAUGGGUACAGUCCAAACAGUUGGAAAACUACUGCUUUAAGCCUGUUCCUGUUUCCUCUGACACCACUUUAUGAACCAAAGUCACUCAAUAAAAUGAAUCAGAAAAUUACCUUGAACUAGAAGCAGUGUCCAGAUGAUAUUUGUGACAUUUUGUGAAGCCUAUUUUUGGGUGCCAAGGUGUUGUGACCAUCUUCAACCCUCUAUUUCUUAUGAACCUUUCGUACAAUCUUGCUUCCUGGGUGCCAGGCCGUGAACAGUUCCACGCUGCCCAUUCUCCUAUCCAUGGCUGUUAGAGAUUCUGCAAUAACCUCAAAGGGGAGAAGUUGGAAAUUGGACUAUAAGGUCUUGAGGGAUUUUGUCUCUUCACAAAGCCAGAAAACCUCAGGGAAAUAAAAAGGAUGUCCCAUAUUUCACAAAAUCAUCCCCAUUUCAAUCCCCACUGCAGCUGUAGGCCCGCUGUGUUCAGUUGUGCAUCUUGUACACAAAUAUACAUGAUAGUUCUAUCACAUUUAAUAGCUCAUGUAAAGGCAAGGACUUGGUUAGGAGAGAGGACUUGUUGCUUGUUCCUGCAACCUUCUACAGGAUCCUGGAAGGUCUCUGUGAUCCUUUAUAUCUCUCACCAUGUCCAGAACUCCAUUAUUAUAUAUAUUACCUAAAUCAUAUAGGAACCUUCCCCUUAUGUUUGGGGGUUUUUGUUUUUGUCUUUUUAUGUAUUUUUGUUCUUCUAACUUCAUAUCAUGUAAUAAAUAAAUAGUCACAUGGUGUGGUA